GAAUAUGGAUUAUCAAAAUCCCAUCAUGCAAACCCUUUUGUCUCUUUGCAAUCUCUAAAUUGGUGUAAUAAUUUGUGUUAAUUAGUGGAGAAUUUCACCUGGAGUAGGUUACUUAGUGACAUUCAGCAUUUUUCUCAUCCCUAAGUUUAAACCCUUCUUCUCUAUUUGAGGUUCUUCUUGAAAUUCCUCUCAAUUACGCAUGGGCACAAUGUCUUAUAAGUCGGAUGAUGAAUACUCAACUAUUACUGAUAAAGGAGACAUCGGAUUUGUCGACUUUGACAAGUAUAAAUCAGCUGGUAGCUACAAUCCAAAUGAAGAGAGCGAUAUAGUUGUUAUAUCAGUUCCAUUUCCGCUGAUAGCAGGAAAACCUAAAUCAGGAGUUGUUGGGGAAACUGUUGUCGAUUCAGUCACAAUAGAGAAUACCACCAAUGAAACCCAGGAGCUGUGGUCAAUUAAGAUCUAUGACUCGAAACCUGAGGAUUCAUUCACGCUUUCUCUGAUGAAACCUCCAACUGCUUGUUCUGAUGUGCAAUAUGUUCAAGAGUUCAUGGAAUCCUUUAGCUUAGAGGAUAGAAUGUUACGACCAGGUCAGACACUUACAGUAUGGUUGACUUGUAAACCCAAAGAAAUUGGACUGCACACAUCAGCUGUGCAUUUCAAUGUGGGUGAUGACACCAUAGAAAGAUUAGUUUUUAUCUUGGCUGAGGAUAAGGUUUCCCAGUCCCUGGCUUCGAGAAGGCCAUUCCACAGAGACAGAAAGAAGAAAGCACCAGCAGUAGAUGUUUUUGCUGCAAAUGCAUUUGUUGUGGGUUCUCGUCCUACAAGGAAUUCUAAUCGAGGAUUCAGAAACAGACUUCCUUCAUAUCCAAUUCCAGUGGAUAUAAGGGAAAUGAUAGAGAUGAAACAAUUUCCUGAUGUUAUUGGGGAAGGUUUAAGAAGAGAUAAUUACAUUGCUUAUUUUAGAACUUUACUAGCAAUUGAAGAAAUCAAGAUGGAGGAAGACAUGAGGGACUAUGAUAUGGAGUCAGUCGCCAUGAAGCGCAAAGGACCACAAUUUUUGUCCCUUGAUGUCCCAGGGCUGGCCGAGAGGAGGCCAUCACUUGUUUAUGGAGAUUUUAUCUUUGCAAGGCUAGCUACUGCAGAUGCUAGUGAGAUCAUCCCUUACCAGGGUUAUAUUCACCGAGUUGAAGCGGAAGAAGUAUAUUUGAAGUUUGAUCAAGAAUUCCACAUCAACCAUGUUACUGGAAAUCUGUAUAAUGUGCAGUUUUCAUUCAAUCGUACGGGUAUGCGGAGGUUACAUCAAGCCAUUGAAGCUACAGAAAGCCUAAAUGGAGAAAUUCUCUUUCCAUCUGGCAUAUCCAGAACGAGAAAUAUACAAGCUGCUAGACUGGUACCUAAUUCAUGUAUGCUUAACAAGGAGCAGACAAGUGCAGUUGAAAAGAUUCUUGGGUGCAAAGGAGGGGCUCCAUAUGUUAUCCAUGGGCCUCCUGGUACAGGCAAAACAAGGACUCUUAUAGAAGCUAUAAUCCAGCUACAUAUUAUGAGGAAAGGUGCUCGAGUACUUGUCUGUGCACCUUCAAAUAGUGCUGCAGACCAUAUACUUGAGAAACUUGUCAGUCAGCAGAAUGUUGAAGUGCAGCACCAUGAGAUUUUUAGGUUGAAUGCACUCACACGUCCUUUAGACGAUGUGAAUCCUAGUUACCUUCGCUUUUGCAAUGCUGAAGAUAAUGGUUUUAAGUGUCCUCUUCUCAGGGACCUUAGAAGAUAUAGGGUUAUCAUAUCUACAUAUGCUAGCGCAUGUCUUCUUUAUGCAGAAGGCAUCAAACGGGGACACUUCUCUCAUAUUUUCUUGGAUGAGGCAGGACAGGCUUCGGAGCCUGAUACCAUGGUUCCUCUGUCACAUCUUUUAAGUAAGGAGACAGUAGUUGUACUUGCUGGUGACCCACGGCAACUUGGUCCCGUAGUUUUCUCAAAAGAUGCUGAAAAUUAUGGAUUGGUGACUUCAUUUAUGGAAAGGUUAUUUGAAUGCCAGUUAUAUGGUGCUCUCAACGAAAAUUAUGCUACCAGACUAAUAAGGAACUAUCGGUGUCAUCCGGUAAUUCUGCAGCUUCCCUCAGAAAUGUUUUAUGGAGGAGAGUUGAUCCCAUGUAAAGAAGAUAAAACUUUUACCCGGACUUGGGUGGACCUGCUUCCGAACAAGGAAUUUCCUUUGCUUUUCAUUGGUAUACAAGGUUGUGAUGAAAGGGAAGGAAACAACCCAUCAUGGUUCAACAGGAUUGAAGCAAGCAAGGUAGUAGAGAUCAUCAGAGAUCUGAUGGAGAACAAAGGUCUGAAAGAGGAAGAUAUUGGGGUGAUAACACCUUAUAGGCAGCAAGUACUGAAAAUAAGAACAGCCCUUGAGAGCUUUGAUUGGGCUAAUGUAAAGGUUGGCAGCGUAGAGCAAUUCCAAGGUCAGGAGAGAGAAGUUAUUAUCAUAUCGACCGUCCGAUCAACGAUACAGCAUAAUGACUUCGAUAGAAUCCAUUAUUUAGGAUUUUUAAGCAAUCCGAGAAGGUUCAAUGUUGCUGCUACAAGAGCCAGAUCAUUGCUUGUUGUUAUCGGGAAUCCACACAUCAUCUGCAAGGAUCCCUACUGGAACAAGCUUUUGUGGUAUUGUGCAGACAAUGGCUCCUACAAGGGCUGCUUCUUACCUGAAAAACUGGAGAUCCCUCAAGAGGAUUCUGGACAAGCAAAUAAUUGGUAUGAUGGCGGGAUACAAGUAAAUAACUGGGAUUGUGAAGGAGCACAAGCUAAUGAUUGGGACCAAGUCCAGGGGGGACAAGUUAACGAUUGGGACCAAGACCAAGGGGGACAAGUCAACGAUUGGGACCGAGAUGAAGGGGGACAAACUAAGAAUUGGAACGAGGAAGGCACUUGCGAUAAUGAAGAGAAACAGAGUGUUCAGCCAUCUCCUGAUGUUCCACAGGGUACAAUGCACCAAACAGACGACAUCCCGGUCCCUGUUAUGGAUGAAGCUGAAUGGUCUGAUGGUUGGAAAUAACUACUUAGUUUAUUAUGCUAGGGGGUGAAACUUUUGGAGGUUUGCAUUGAACCUCAACUCAGAGAACCUUUUCAGAUUCUGCACUAGAAUGUGCAGUUUUUGCAUUUUGAGAAAUUUCAAGCUCAGGAUGCCUGCAUUUUAGCUACAUGUAUACUUGCUAUUUAUAAAAUGGUGUGUUUAGCUAUA